AUGUCCCCUGAGCUGCUGAAAAACCGCGACCCGGUCCUUGGCGGGUCUAAGCACGGGAGGCGGGAUUAUCUCAUUUGCAAGACGAUGUCGACAGACACAGAAAAAGAAAGGGCGGCUAGGCGGCGCAGGGACAAGGCGCAGCUGUCGUGCAACCUCUGCCGCAAACGAAAGCAACCUUGCUGGAACUGCUCGUCCCGCGGCCUGGCCUCAUCAUGCGCAUUCCCCGAGAACAGCGACGUAACGCCCGCGCCUGCAGAUGCCGUCGCCGCCGCCGCCAAGGCCACCAGCUUCCAGGAACGCAUCAAUCACCUCGAGGGUCUCGUCGUGCAGCUCCUCCAACAAGACAGCAACCGCCCCGAUUCAACGAGCCCUCCGCAGCUAUGCGCGAAAUGCACUGCGCCGCUAGGCCAAGCCGGCCGCGCUGAGCCGCAUCGCCCUCCCGCCACCGCUGAGACCCCAGUGACGGUCGCGUCGCCGGUGCGCGCAUCCUCGCACCCGCUCGACGUCGGCAAGCUGCAGAUUGACAGCGUCAAGAGCGCCUACGUCAGCAGCCCGCACUGGAGCGCCGUCCUCAACGGGCUGUCGGCCCUCAAGAGUUUCUGUCCCGCGGCCGACAACGAUGGCUUUGACGACGACAACGACGAUGACGCCGACGACAACUUCUUCCCUGGAGACCAGAGCGAUAACCAGUACUACAAGAGAGACCUGGAUAGCUACGAAUCGCCCACGCAGGUGCCGGGUGCGCCGCCGGGCAAGAGGCGCUUCCAGUUGUUGUUUGGUGGGCACAGGCCGCAGUCGCUCCAAGACAUUUUGCAGGCUUUACCGUCUCGAGACGUUGUAGACCGCCUGGUUCUGCUGUACUUUAACAACAUGAUGCUGCCAUAUGCUAACGUGGCCUCUGCUCUAGUGGCCGUCAUUCACUCGGGGAACUUCCUGACCCAGUAUGAGAAAUUCUGGACAUCUCCAUACGAAACGCCAAUACUCUGGAUCGCUAUGCUCUUCGGUAUCAUGAGUGUCGCCAGCCAAACUGAAGCAGCAUGGGCUUUGUACGCAUAUGGUCCUCCCACAACUGCCAGCCGCAGUCCACCAACGACAUUGCAGCCAUCGCAACCGCUGUCGUCCCCCUUUCCACUACAGACGCCCCCAUACGUCGACCAAGUCGUCGCAUGCCUCAUCCUCGGCGAGUACACCAAGGGCGGCGCGUACGCCAUUGAAGCCCUCUUACACUACCAGUUCAUUGAGGCGACCAGCUCCGCCGACGGACAUGCCGAUGCCUGGCUUCUCUCGGGCAUCGUGACACGCCUCGCCUACCGCAUGGGCUACCACCGCGACCCCUCGCACUUCCCGUCCAUCAGCGCCUUCCAAGGGGAGACGCGCCGCCGCCUGUGGAUCACCGUGCACGCCAUGGACACCAUGAUGUCGGCGCAGAUGGGACUGCCGCGACUCAUCAAGGCCGGCUCGUCCGAUGUGCGCCUCCCACGGAACUUGCACGAUGCCGACUUUGAGCCCAACUGCGCGACACUGCCUCCCGAACGGCCCUGGACCGACCUCACUCCAACGCUGCAUCUCAUUGCCAAGCACCGCCUGUUUACCGUCAUCGGUGUCAUUACCGACAUGAACAUGAGUGUCGGCCCCGAGUGUCCCGCGCCGACCAUUGCACGCGAAAAGGAGCUGACGAAGCUCAUUCAGGAUACGUACGACCAGCUGCCGGACAAGUGCAAGUUCCACAGCAUGUUGGGCUGCAUCGCCGACAAAGCUGCAGACAUCAUCCACCGCAUUGGCGCCAGCGCUCUUUUGCAAAAGGGCCUGAUUGCCAUUCACUGGCAUCGCAUGAUGGCGAGCGACGCUCUGGAGGAAGCCGAGCAGCUGCGCGAUGCCAGCGAUGCGGAUAGGGCGCACAUCCAACAAUCAUACAUCACGUGCAUCCACGCGGCGCUCAAAGUACUCGGCUUCCACUCCAUCGUGGAAACCGAGUCGCGGCCCGGCGGUGGGCUGUUCCCCCAGCGCAUCCAGGCGUCGUCCGUUAUCAAGCACGAGUUCCUCAUGAGCACCGUCCUUUUGUGCCGGCACCUGUAUCGUGUCGCCGCGGGACCCUUUGGCUCGCCGCUGCUCGAGGCAGCCCUGGAGAGCAGCAGCAGCAGCAGAGGUGGUGCCAGAAGCGGCGGCGACGAGGCCGGCAGCGCCGCCGCCCUUCCCGAGCCGCAGACUGUCGAGGCAGCGCUGCGACGCUCGCACAGCAUCUGGCAGAGGGGAGGCGCUGUAUCGUCCGAGGCGCGACGCAUCUCGUCCAUCCUCGAUGCGCUCUUUCGGAAGCUCGCUGCCGAAUCUCCCCUGUCUGGUGAGCCAGUCGUGACGUCGGCCUCGCCCUUUGACGGCAUCGACCCGGGGCUUGCCCUGCUUGACGAGUUUGGACUUUUGCAUCACCUGCAGGAUAUGAAUAACUGCUUCGACAUGUAA